GUGACAGCGCCCAUUCCCUGCUGCAGGCUCAGUGUCUCCUGGUAGCAGUGAUGGGUGCUAGGUCUGUGCUGGUGCUGAGCUUGCUCUGUGUGUGGGGUGCUGUGAGGGCUGAGGAGGGUGCUGCUGAUGAGUACAAGGCUCCUGACUUCUGUGGAACCUAUGAAUGUCCCAAGUAUGAAGUGGCAAAGAAAUAUGAAACUUUUGAACUAAGAACUUAUCAAAGCACCCUAUGGGUAACUACAUCACUAGAGUUGGACUACUUUGGCUUUGGAAUAUAUAGAAGCUUCAAGCGCUUGUUCGAUUACAUCAAUGGACAGAACUCAGAAGGUAUCAAAAUUAAGAUGACUGUCCCGGUGCGGAUUUAUGUUCCAUUAAUAACUCCAACAGAUAAGAAUGCCACUAUGUCUUUUUUUGUGCCAUUGGCAGUGGUAAAUCCACCGCAACCACUGAACAAAGAGGUUUACAUUGAAAGUUUUCCUCAAAUGUCUUUCUAUGUCAAGUCUUUUGGUGGCUAUGCACUUAAGACACACUAUGAGAAAAAAGCUAAAAUGUUGUCAGAAGAGCUGACGGCCAUGGGGCUAGGAUUUGACAGCACCUUUGGUACAGCAGCUGGCUACAACGAUCCACUUACAUUUGUUGGCAGGCAUAAUGAAGUGUGGUACACAGUCCAAUAAAUCAGUCAAAACCGAUUAUAUCGUAUUCCUGGCUGGAUAAGGAUAAUGUGCGAUCUAUAGCCGCUAUAGGGAAUAUUUCAUUUUAGGACCUGCUAAUGGAUAGUUACAUAGGGAUAUAUAGAUACUUUGAGGAAGACAAUGCUGUCAUGAUUGGGUAAACUAAUAAAAAAAAGCUUUGUUUUUGUUUUUGCUUGGAUUUUGUCAACUUGUCAAGCCAAUAUAUUACUUAUUUUAUUUGCCAAGUAAACACCAUUUAUAGAUUACUUGUAGGAAUUGGAUGGACAAUAUAUUUUCUAUUCUCUGUAUGUACAAAAUCUAUUGUAAUAAAAUCUCUGAUUUA